AUGUUUUUAAAUAUGUUAUCAUUGCCUGUUCUCUAUGGUUUUGACUUAUGACAGCCCGAGUGAAAAAAUCAUUGCCUGCCGAAAAUGUACAGAUUUACAAACCAAAUAACAAAUCCUAGCUUAGUUUUGGUCAGAAAACAAAUUGGUGAUGGAUCAUGUUCAGCCCUUAUAGUAAUGAGAUCACCUCAUCGGAGGAAUGCAUCAGACAAACAUUCGGCAAAAGUUCCCCCAAAAUCACGUAAAUUACUAUGGGGGACCCUUGGUGCUUCGCUUCUCACUGGUACAGCUGUUGUGUAUGCCAAGCACAGCCCAGAAGCAAGAAACUGGUUGGAGUCAAAUGCCCCCUGGGCUAACAACUUUGUGGCCCUUGUCUACCAAGAGAACACAACUUAUUGGCAAUUCACCUUUAACCAACUGAGCAAAGCAACCUCCACCAUCACAAACUUUAUGUUUGGAAAGGAAGGAGUAUCCCCUAUGGAUUUCCAACAACGUUCAGAACAAGAUAUUGAAAAAGAUGCUGCAAGGGAUUUUGCUAAGAAGACUUAUGAACUUCCACCGACGAAGUUUGAACCAUUGUAUGUUGAAGAAAAACAAAUGGAAACUCCUGAAAUUGAAACACCAGCAACCCUCGUCCAAACGGAAGCCUGUGAGCCUCACGAAGCCCCACCAAUCAGGAUUACAAAAGACAUGGUGGAAUUAGAACAUGAUAUGCACGAGAACACUAAAUCGGCCAUAGACAAUUAUAAAAAGGCAACCAAGUUCUGUGCUGAAUAUAAUAAGGCACUUUAUAGGAUAAUAGAAGCGCCGCUAGAAGAUUUAGACAAGAAGCAAUUCACAUCUCUUCAAGGUGCCGUAAACGAGCGCAACGCAACCGUUGCUAAGGCCAAGGAGACGUCUGCGAAGGCUAAAUGUGCUAUUGAGACCCUGGACCGUAUGAUAAAGGCUGGCGUACAAGCUCCGCCAGAGAGCAUCGCGGCCACUCAGAGGUACAUCAAGCAGUUCAGAGCGGACCUGUCUCAAGCUGAAAACGAAUACAAGGAGUGCCUGGAGAAGGCAGUUCUGUCAGAUAAAUAUUGGAAUAAGGUGGAAGCUGCCCGUAAAGCAUACAAAGACGAAUUACAAAUGUUAUUCCCGGGAGUCAACCUCGCUGCCCGCAAACUAGAACUUAAGGGCGACACAGAUCUACUCCUGCUAUACACAUUGAAACAGGUACAAUAUCUACAAAACGAAAUAGCGGAACUACAAACUACAAGAGAUUUGAAAAUCAAGAGGGCGAUUGAGUGUCACGACGAACAAGCUAUCAUAGAAGCGAAAGUAGAAGAUAUGAUAAAGAGAGAGAGACUGGAGAAAGAAAAAGAGUUCCAAAAGAAGAGCUUAGCUGUUCAGGCGGAAGCGAACAGAAAACUAAAGGAGCAACUUAAGAAACAGUUUGAAAUUCAACAAGAAGUGUUGCAAGAUCAGCUUUCUAGAAAAGAAAAAGAGGUUUUGGGUAAAUUCAGCCGUUCAGUAUCGGAACAAGUCGAGAAAGAACGCGUUGUGUUCAAACGUGAGCUCGCUACGAUGGCUGGGAAACUAAUGGCCAUUGAACAGACUCUAAAACAGCGAGCCAAAGCGGAAACGGAAGCCCGUCGCUCCCAGUCCUUGUGGGCGGCAGCGGAAGCCUUACACGCCGCCACACGUCGCACUACCCAACACGCGUUACUAACACACGAGAUCACAGCGUUGGAGAAGGCCGGUAAAGACGACAAACUGGUGCAAACAGUGCUUCAAGGAAUUCCCAAGGAAGUCAGGGAGAAGGGAAUUGUCACUGAGAAAGCGCUACGGGAUAAAUUCGAUACGCUAGAGAAGUCGGCUGUGAAAGUGGCGCUAGUGGGUCGGGAAGGAGCAGGGUUGCCAGUUUACUUCCUGUCAUGGUUGCAGUCCAAAUUACUUUUCCAAAAGUUUGCCGAAAUCCCAAAAGACGAGUUGGACAACCUCCCAACAGACUUCACUAAAUUGGACACAUUUGAUAUAAUACAAAGAGCCAGAUAUUACAUGGACCACGGCGAUCUUUCCUCAGCCCUACGUUAUAUAAAUCUUUUACAAGGCGCUCCAAGGGCAGUAGCCAAGCCUUGGUUGGACUCAGCUCGCAGACAUCUUGAAAUACGACAAGCGGCGGAAGCUGUCAUGGCGCAUGCCUCUGUUUCUGGUCUAUUAUACUUGUAGGGUUGCUAGUGAUAAAAACUAGAAAUUCGUUUUAUGUUAUCGGAAAUCGCUGUUGAUUUUUAAUUAUAUAGGCCUAGUAUCAUGUGUUCUGAUAAAGGCAAAUAUGUAAUUAAGUGUAUGAAAUAUCUCUUAUAGGGUUCAAAAAUGUGUAUAUUAUUAUAUAUAUUAACUAUGUGGAAAAAAUUUCAUAUGCUUUGAAUUAGUCAAACUUUAAUGAAAAAAUAUUAAAGAUGCAACUUUUGUUUAAUGUCACCAAAAUUACACUACUUGACUUUUUUGGAACCUGUUGAAACUAGGUCUAUCUAAUUUAGAAAAAACAGUAAAUAAUUUUGUAGGCGCUGGUUUGUAGUUAAUGGUCGCCGGUUUCAUUUGUUUUCGGUGCGCUGUCGCCAGA